GUGAAGAAGGAGAAGCUCAGUUUUCCGGACAGUGUUAGGAAACGUGGCCUUAUGAGAGAAAAAACGCCGCAGAAAUCGGAUGAGAAUCGUGUUAGUGUCCGGUCCUCCACACUCUGUCCUUCUCUCUCCCUCUCUUCUCCAGCUCCGGGUUUAUUUUCCUCUCAGUGAUGGCUGAUGUGGAGCAGGGUUCCGCUUUACCGCCGCUGGACGGCCUGAACAGCACCGAGAACGGAACUGACACCGGGAACGGCACCGCGGCCCGGUUCGUGGCUACAGCCGAGGGGACAGCGCUGGCGUACGGCAGUCUGGUGCUCAUGGCCCUGCUGCCCAUCUUCUUCGGAGCUCUGAGAUCCGUCAGCACCUCCAAGAGCAAGAACUCCUCAGACAUGCCGGAGACCAUCACUAGCAGAGACGCUGCUCGUUUCCCCAUCAUCGCCAGCUGCACUCUGUUCGGACUCUAUCUUUUCUUCAAGAUUUUCUCCCAAGAAUACAUCAACUUACUGUUGUCUAUGUACUUCUUCGUUCUGGGGAUCUUAGCUCUGUCACACACACUGAGGUGAGAGAGAGAGACAGAGAGAGAGAGUGUGUGUGUGUGUGUGUAUGAGGUGUAUGGUGUGUGUAUGUGU